UGGGUGUGGCCCUGGGGCUCUGGUUCUUUUGUGUGUGGCGACACCUAGUGGCCAAUCCCUUGACUUCCACAAGGAGAGGGCCAACUGACCAUUAGCCCUUGGACACAGGACAGACUCAGAAGACUUUUACCCCUGGAAGCCCUAAUUCCCAAUUUGAAGUCUUCAUGGAGCAUUUCAGAUGACCUCGGAGAACACGACAGCCCAAGGCACACAAAAUACUCAGGAAUGAGAGUCUUUGGAAAAGCUAAAUUUGGUUAUGGAGACUGGAUUAGGGACUUGUAUUUGACCGUAAGUGAUGUGGAGAUGGUAGGGGGUGGAAGCCCAGACCCCACAGGCUGUCUGGGUUCUCUCUUCAGCCAACUGGGCCAGGGCUGAAGGAAGACGGGGCAAGCGAAGCAGCCACGGCCCCGGCCCUCCAGCAGGUGCAGGAAGACAGUGAGUGAGCACCCCGGCAGGUGCUCUAUGAAGCGGACAAGGGACUUCCCUGGUGGUCCAGUGGUUAAGAUUCCAUGCUCCCAAUGCAGGGGGCACGGGUUCAGUCCCUGGUCGGGGAACUAAAAUCUGCAUGCCGCAUGGUGUGGCCUAAAAAAAGAAACAAAAGAAGAAGAAACUGGGAUGUGAUGGGACCACGUGCCCAAGAGGGCCUGGGUGGGGCGCACGACCUACCGCGGUCAUGCAGUCAGGAAAGGCUCCCCAGGAAGGCAUCUAAGCGAGCGGAAAAGAAGCCAGUUCCAGCCUGGGGACCCGAGUGCAAAGGCUGCUGGGGAGGAGCUUCUUGGCAGGUCCUAGAAACAAACUGGGGGCCAGCUAGACAGAGGGGAGGAGUGGGAGCGAGAGGCAGAGCCAGCCAUGUGGGAUCCUGGCAAGGGCGUGAAGCGUAUCCUGGGGUAGGUUGGAGUGGGGAGAAAUGUCAUCCAUUCUGGCUUUUAAAAAGAUCAUUCCAGUUAGGUAGCCUCAUCCACCAGAGGGCAGACGGCAGAAGCAAGAAGAACUACAAUCCUGCAGCGUGUGGAACAAAAACCACAUUCACAGAAAGGCAGACAAGAUGAAAAGGCAGAGGGCUAUGUAACAGAUGAAGGAACAAGAUAAAACCCCAGGAAAAACAACUGAAUGAAGUGGAGAUAGGCAACCUUCCAGAAAAAGAAUUCAGAAUAAUGAUAGUGAAGAUGAUCCAGGACCUCGGAAAAAGAAUGGAGGCAAAGAUCGAGAAGAUGCAAGAAAUGUUUAACAAAGACCUAGAAGAAUUAAAGAAGAAACAAACAGAAAUGACCAAUACAAUAACUGAAAAGAAAACUACACUAGAAGGAAUCAAUAGCAGAAGAACGGGUAAGUGACCUGGAAGACAGAAUGCUAGAAUUCACUGCUGCGGAACAGAAUGAAGAAAAAAGAAUGAAAAGAGGGCUUCCCUGGUGGCGCAGUGGUUGAGAGUCCGCCUGCCGAUGCAAUGGACACGGGUUCGUGCCCCGGUCCGGGAGGAUCCCAUAUGCCGCAGAGCGGCUGGGCCCGUGAGCCGUGGCCGCUGAGCCUGUGCGUUUGAAGCCUGUGCUCCGCAACGGGAGAGGCCACAACAGUGAGAGGCCCGCGUAGCAAAAAAAAAAAAAAAAAAGAAUGAAAAGAAAUGAAGACAGCCUAAGAGACCUCUGGGACAAAUUAAACGCAACAACAUUCACAUUAUAGGGGUCCCAGAAGGAGAAGAGAGAGAGAAAGGACCAGAGAAAAUAUUUCAAGAGAUUAUAGUCAAAAACUUCCCUAACAUGGGAAAGGAAAUAGCCACCCAAGUCCAGGAAGUGCAACGAGUCCCAUACAGGAUAAACCCAAGGAGAAACAUGCCGAGACACAUAGUAAUCAAAUUGGCAAAAAUUAAAGACAAAGAAAAAUUAUUGAAAGCAGCAAGAGAAAAACGACAAAUAACAUACAAGGGAACUCCCAUAAGGUUAACAGCUGACUUCUCAGCAGAAAUUCUACAAGCUAGAAGGGAGUGCCAUGAUAUACUUAAAGUGAUGAAAGGGAAGAACCUACAACCAAGAUUACUGUACCUGGCAAGGAUCUCAUUCAGUUUCGAUGGAGAAAUCAAAAGCUUUACAGACAAGCAAAAGCUAAGAGAAUUCAGCACCACCAAACCAGCUCUACAACAAAUGCUACAGGAACUUCUCUAAGUGGGAAACACGAGAAGAAAAGGACCUACAAAAACAAACCCAAAACAAUUAAGACAAUGGUCAUAGGAACAUACAUAUCGAUAAUUACCUUAAACGUGAAUGGAUUAAAUGCUCCAACCAAAAGACAAGGAGCAAAUCAGACUCGCUGAAUGGAUACAAAAACAAGACCCAGGGCUUCCCUGGUGGCGCAGUUGUUGGGGGUCUGCCUGCCGAUGCAGGGGACGCGGGUUCGUGUCCCGGUCCGGGAGGAUCCCACAUGCCAUGGAGCGGCUGGGCCCGUGAGCCAUGGCCGCUGAGACUGCGCAUCCAGAGCCUGUGCUCUGCAGCAAGAGAGGCCAGAGCAGUGAGAGGCCCGCGUACCGCAAAAAAAAAAAAAAAAAAAAAAAAAAAACCCACAAGACUCAUAUAUAUGCUGCCUACCAGAGACGCACUUCAGACCUAGGGACACAUACAGACUGAAAGUGAGGGGAUGGAAAAAGAUAUUCCAUGCAAAUAGAAAUCAAAAGAAAGCUCGAGUAGCAAUACUCAUAUCAGAUAAAAUAGACUUUAAAAUAAAGAAGCUUACAAGAGACAAGGAAGGACACUACAUAAUGAUCAAGGGAUCAAUCCAAGAAGAAGAUAUAACAAUUAUAAAUAUAUAUGCAACCAACAUAGGAGCACCUCAAUACAUAAGGCAAGUGCUAACAGCUAUAAAAGAGAAAAUCAACAGUAACACAAUAAUAGUGGGGGACUUUAACACCUCACUUACACCAAUAGACAGAUCAUCCAAAAUGAAAAUAAAUAAGGAAACAGAAGCUUUAAAUGACACAAUAGACCAGAUAGAUUUAAUUGAUAUUUAUAGGACAUUCCGUCCAAAAACAGCAGAUUACACUUUCUUCUCAAGUGCGCACGGAACAUUCUCCAGGAUAGAUCACAUCUUGGGUCACAAAUCAAGCCUCAGUAAAUUUAAGAAAAUUGAAAUCAUAUCAAGCAUCUUUUCUGACCACAAUGCUAUGAGAUUAGACAUGAAUUACAGGGGGAAAAAAAUGUAAAAAUCACAAACACAUGGAGGCUAAACAAUACAUUACUAAAUAACCAAGAGAUCACUGAAGAAAUCAAAGAGGAAAUUAAAAAAUACCUAGAGACAAAUGACAAUGAAAACAUGACGAUCCAAAACCGAUGGGAUGCAGCAAAAGCAGUUCUAAAAGGGAAGUUUAUAGCUAUACAAGCCUACCUCAAGAAACAAGAAAACUCUCAAAUAAACAAUCUAACCUUACACCUAAAGGAACUAGAGAAAGAAGAACAAACAAAACCCAAAGUUAGCAGAAGGAAAGAAAUCAUAAAGAUCAGAGCAGAAAUAAAUGAAAUAGAAACAAAGAAAACAAUAGCAAAGAUCAAUAAAACUAAAAGCUGGUUCUUUGAGAAGAUAAACAAAAUUGACAAACCAUUAGCCAGACUCAUCAAGAGAAAGAGGGGGCUUCCCUGGUAGCGCAGUGGUUAAGAAUCCGCUUGCCAGUGCAGGGGAUGCAGGUCCGUGCCCUGGUCUGGGAAGAUCCCACAUGCCGCGGAGCAACUAAGCCCGUGCACCACAACUACUGAGUCUGCGCUCUAGAGCCCACGAGCCACAAAUACUGAGCCUGCGUGCCACAACUACUGAAGCCCAGGCACCUAGAGCCCGUGCUCCGCAAUGAGAGAAGCCACUGCAAUGAGAAGCCCACACACCACAACAAAGAGUAGCCCCCACUCGCCACAACUAGAGAAAGCCUGCGUGCAGCAACGAAGACCCAACAUAGCCAAAAAUAAAUAAAUAAAAUAAAUUUAUAAAAAAGAAAAAGAGGGAGAGGACUCAAAUCAAUAAAAUUAGAAAUGAAAAAGGAGAAGUUACAACAGACACCGCAGAAAUACAAAGCAUCCUAAGAGACUACUACAGGCAACUCUAUGCCAAUAAAUUGGACAACCUGGAAGAAAUGGAAAAAUUCUUAGAAAGGUAUAACCGUUCAAGACUGAACCAGGAAGAAACAGAAAUAUGAACAGACCAAUCACAAGUAAUGAAAUUGAAACUGUGAUUAAAAAUCUUCCAACAAACUGUGAUUAAAAAUCUUCCAACAAACAAAGCCAUGACCAGAUGGCUUCACAGGUGAAUUCUGUAAAACAUUUAGAGAAGAGCUAACACCCAUCCUUCUCAAACUCUUCCAAAAAAUUGCAGAGGAUGGAACACUCCCAAACUCAUUCUAUGAGGCCACCAUUACCCUGUUACCAAAACCAGACAAAGAUACUACAAAAAAAGAAAAUUACAGACCAGUAUCACUGAUGAAUAUAGAUGCAAAAAUCCUCAACAAAAUACUAGCAAACAGAAUCUAACAACACAUUAAAAGGAUCAUACACCAUGAUCAAGUGGGAUUUAUCCCAGGGAUGCAAGGAUUCUUCAAUAUACGGAAAUCAAUCAAUGUGAUACACCAUAUUAACAAAUGGAAGAAUAAAAACCAUAUGAUCAUAUCAAUAGAUACAGAAAAAGCUUUUGACAAAAUUCAACACCCGUUUAUGAUAAAAACUCUCCAGAAAGUAGGCAUAGAGGGAACCUACCUCAACAUAAUAAAGGCCAUAUAUGACAAACCCAGAGCAAACAUCGUUCUCAAUGGUGAAAAACUGAAAGCAUUUCCUCUAAGAUCAGGAACAAGACAAUGAUGCCACUCUCACCACUCUUAUUCAACAUAGUUUUGGAAGUCCUAGCCGUGGCAAUCAGAGAAGAAAAAGAAAUAAAAGGAAUACAAAUUGGAAAAGAAGAAAUAAAACUGUCACUGUUUGCAGAUGACAUGAUACUAUACAUAGAGAAUCCUUAAAAUGCCACCAGAAAACUACUAGAGCUAAUCAAUGAAUUUGGUAAAGUUGCAGGAUACAAAAUUAAUGCACAGAAAUCUCUUGCAUUCCUAUGCAUUAAUGAUGAAAAAUCUGAAAGAGAAAUUAAGGAAACACUUCCAUUUACCAUUGCAACAAAAAGAAUAAAAUACCUAGGAAUAAACCUACCUAGGGAGACAAAAGACCUGUAUGCAGAAAACUAUAAGACACUGAUGAAAUAAAUUAAAGAUGAUACCAACAGCUGGAGAGAUAUACCAUGUUCUUGGAUUGGAAGAAUCAAUAUUGUGAAAAUGACUCUACUACCCAAAGCAAUCUACAGAUUCAGUGCAAUCCCUAUCAAACUACCAAUGGCAUUUUUUACAGAACUAGAACAAAAAAUCUUCAAAUUUGAAUGGAGACACAAAAGACCCCGAAUAGCCAAAGCAGUCUUGAGGGGAAAAAAUGGAGCUGGAGGAAUCAGACUCCCUGACUUCAGACUGUACUACAAAGCUACAGUAAUCAAGACAAUAUGGUACUGGCACAAAAACAGAAAUAUAGAUCAAUGGAACAAGAUAGAAAGCCCAGAGAUAAACCCAUGCACCUAUGGUCAACUAAUCUAUGACAAAGGAGGCAAGGAUAUAUAUACAAUGGAGAAAAGACAGUCACUUCAAUAAGUGGUGCUGGGAAAACUGGACAGGUACAUGUAAAAGAAUGAAAUUAGAACACUCCCUAACCCAUACACAAAAAUAAACUCAAAAUGGGUUCGCGACCUAAAUGUAAGACCAGACACUAUAAAACUCUUAGAGGAAAACAUAAGCAGAACAGUCUUUGACAUAAAUCACAGCAAGAUCUUUUUUGAUCCACCUCCUAGAGUAAUGGAAAUAAAAACAAAGAUAAACACAUGGGACCUAACGAAACUUCAAAGCUUUUGCACAGCAAAGGAAACCAUAAACAAGAUGAAAAAACAACCCUCAGAAUGGGAGAAAAUAUUUGCAAACGAAUCAAUGGACAAAGGAUUAAUCUCCAAAAUAUAUAAACAGCUAAUGCAGCUCAAUAUUAAAGAAACAACCCAAUCCAAAAAUGGGCAGAAGACCUAAAUAGACAUUUCUCCAAAGAAGACAUACAGAUGGGCAAGAGGCACAUGACAGGAUGCUCAACAUCACUAAUUAUUAGAGAAAUGCAAAUCAAAACUACAGUGAGGUAUCACCUCACACUAGUCAGAAUGGGCAUCAUCAGAAAAUCUACAAACAACAAAUGCUGGAGAGGGUGUGGAGAAAAGGGAACCCUCUUUCACUGUUGGUGGGAAUGUAAAUUGAUACAGCCACUAUGGAGAACAAUAUGGAGUUUCCUUAAAAAAGUAAAAUAGAAUUACCAUAUGAUCCAGCAAUCCCACUACUGGGCAUAUACCCAGAGAAAACCAUAAUUCAAAAAGACACAUGCACCCCAAUGUUCACUGCAGCACUAUUUACAAUAGCCAGGUCAUGGAAGCAACCUAAAUGCCCAUCCACAGACGAAUGGAUAAAGAAGUUGUGGUGGGCUUCCAUGGUGGCGCAGUGGUUGAGAGUCUGCCUGCCGAUGCAGGGGACAUGGGUUCGUGCCCCGGUCUGGGAAGAUACCACAUGCCGUGGAGCAGCUAGGACCGUGAGCCAUGGCCGCUGAGCCUGCACGUCCGGAGCCUGUGCUCCGCAACAGGAGAGGCCACAACAGUGAGAGGCCUGCAUACUGCAAAAAAAAAAAAAAAAAAAAGAAGUUGUGGUACAUAUAUACAAUGGAAUAUUACUCAGCCAUAAAAAGGAACGGAAUUGAGUCAUUUGUUGAGACGUGGAUGGAUCUAGAGACUGUCAUACAGAGUGAAGUAUGUCAGAAAGAGAAAAACAAAUAUCGUAUACUAACGCAUGUAUGUGGAACCUAGAAAAAUGGUACAGAUGAACCGGUUUACAGGGCAGAAGUUGAGACACAGAUGUAGAGAACAAACUUUUCCCCCCAAGGGGGGAAAGCCACAGCGGGGUGGGGAUGGUGGUGUGCUGAAUUGGGUGGUUGGGAUGGACAGGUAUAUACUGAUGUGUAUAAAAUUGAUGACUAAUAAGAACCUGCUGUAUAAAAAAAUAAAUAAAAUAAAAUAAAAAAAUUAAAAAAGAGCACACAACUUAUAAAAAAAAUAAAUAAAUAAAAAUUAAAAAAAUAAAAAAUCAUUCCGGCUACUUGCGCUGGGUGGUGGAGUGGAAGGAAGUGAGAAGGGGUGGACAGGAGGAGGAGUGAUCCCCCAGAACCGAGCCUCUCCACUCAGCUGUGCUGGGAACUGAGGGCUGUCCGCUGCGCUCGUGCACCUGGCCCCAGGGGACGGCUGGCUGCCUCUCACCAGAGGUCAUUCUGCAGGCAGCUCACCCCUCCUUCCUGGUUACCAGUGUUAAUUAGACCCUUUUCUGAACCAGGAGGAGGUGACAGGAUAGCAGACAGUAGAAGAGGGAGCCUGGGCUUUGGUGGUGGAAAGGAAGGCCCUGUAAGUAGACGGCACUGCAUUGAGUGCACAGCUGCAUUGCUACGCAAUACACAUUUUGCCCUAUUGUGCAGGCUUUUAGGGCCGGAGCCCCUGUUAGCUUCUGGGGACUGAGCGGUUGACAGGAGCCUCCAGGGAGGCUGCUGCCCAGGGCUCUGGCGCCUUUCUGAGUCUGCCCUUCACCUGGGAGAGCCUGCUGGUCCAAGGCUGGCUGGCCCCUGAGGGAUGGAUGGUGUGAGGAGUGUCCUUGGCCCGCAAGCCUGGCUCCCUUGGUCCUCCGAGCGCAGCUCCUUGGCACCAGGGCUGCCAGGGCUCCACCCCCACCAGCUGCUGCGUUAUUUCUGACUCAUCCAGGAGUUACAAGUGUGUAACCCAAACCCCUCCACACCCGGCUUCCUCCCCCCCAGCUCCUCCUGGAGGGAGGAAACCCUGGGACUUCUCUCCUGGGACCUUUCUGCAGGUCGGGUCCCUGCUGCACCUGGACGCAGCUGCCGCGUGCAGGAGCCACCCUGUGACAGGAGUCCCCAGAGCUGGCCAGGGCAUGAACCGCGAGGGGGCCCCCGGGAAGAGUCCGGAGGAGAUGUACAUUCAGCAGAAGGUCCGAGUGCUGCUCAUGCUGAGGAAGAUGGGCUCCAACCUGACGCCCAGCGAGGAGGAGUUCCUGCGCACCUACGCGGGGGUGGUCAGCAGCCAGCUCAGCCAGCUGCCCCAGCACUCCAUCGACCAGGCCUCCUCGCCUUGUCCCAGGUUGCAGCCCAGGGCCAGAGGACCAUCCAGCAGCAAUUCUUUCGCCCUGGUCUGCAGGUGCAGAGGAUGUGGUGAUGGCGUUUUCCAGGUCGGAGACGGAGGACCGGAGGCAGUAGCUGCAAACCCCUUGGAAUACCCUGGAGGCUGGCAAAGGCCAGGAGAUCUGUGUGGACCUCACCGGCUGAGUGGCAGAGGGUCACCUUCCCUACCCCGACCCCCUCACCCCACCCCUUCCCGUCCCGCCCCACGGCCACUCAGAAUCCUCCAGGGAGACACCAGUGGUGCAGUUACGAUUGGCUUAAAGGGACGGACUCAUGAUUGGCUGCGGGAAGAAACCUUUUUAUUUUUAAAUCUCGACCAACGCAAACCUUUUUAUUUCUGACUCUUAUUUAAAAAAAAAAAAAAUGCGCCUCGGUGUAUGGCUUCUCAGGAAGCUCUCCGAGCUCUGGUGCUUUAUUUCGGUCACUUUUUAGGAAUGUGAAGAGGUCCGAUUGGCUGCUUAAACUGGAAAAGGAUUUUGAUUGGCUGGCUAAUGGGAAACGGUUUUUUUUUCUUUGGCUGCAGGUGUUCUGCUGAUGGCAACAGCUCCUCUCUUUUGAAUGUUGAAAACAGGGUUUGGGACGUUGGUUGUUAUAUUUGACUUGAAAAAAGAAAGAAAGAAAGAAACCAAGUGCGCUUUGCAAUAUUUAUUACACAAAGAGCUUGCUGCUGCUGCUUUGACGUGUUUUUUGUUUGUGUUUGCAUUUGAUUGGCUUUCGAUAUGUGUGUUUGGUUUCCCAUUGGCUCACCCAUGACUCCUGUUGCCAUGGGCUGCCCACCCCCUGCUGCGUGCGGGCCCUCUCCAGCCCGGGGGUCCACCUAGAGGGUGCUUUUGCUUUAAUGACCACACCAGGCUCCGUCAGCGAGGGGACCCCUAGGACGCCAAGCAGGGCCCCCAGCUGGAAAACAGGGCCCCAAGGAGGUUUGUGUUGUCCUGAUCCAGCCUGCCCGCGCUGAGCCAUUCCCUCCACAUUCAACUUCCUGAGGCCUCAUGGUGGGGGCUCCUCUUAUAAGGGGCAGGAGCUGCUCCCAGCUCUGAGACCCCGAAACAUAGCAGAGGUCUCUGCCCGAGAGCCCAGAACCCCCACAAAGGCCCCAGCUUGGCUCACAAGGCCCAGGAGGCCUUUGGCGCGAAACGCACCCUCCCACCUCCCCCAGCCUCCUCCCGAGGUGUGUGCUGCCAGCGCAGUGGGUCCUGACCAGCCCUGGGAGCUCUCUCAUCCGAGGCCGUGCCCUUCACUGCACUGCCUUCAGAAGGGUCUCUCUCCGCAGCAGCCUGGAAGGGACAGUGUCAUUAUUUAUGAAGUGCCCACUGGGACCGCUGGCUGGGUCUUCAGUGAGCGAGUGCCACCCGGCUGGCCCUCAACCCCGCCCCCAGAAAGACAUUGCAGAGCAGUGGUCUUUGAAGGGCUGCAGGAGCCCCAAGUCUUCCCACCUGCCCUCCUCCCCCUGGAGGCGGCCUGUCCUGCUCCCUGCAUCUCUCGCGGGAGUGGAAUCUGGGUGGGGAGUUGGAGGAAGAUGCGGGCCUGGGGAGGGGAAGCCUCCCCACGCCCCCGCCGCGACCUCCCACCCCCAUCCCGGAGGUAGUAGGUGGCUGAGGUCUCCUUCUCACCCCAGGUACCCAGAGCCAGGAGAAGACGCUCAGGGCCAAACUUCCCCCUUCUCGGGGCUUGGGGCUGUCGUGGAGCAAGGGAGCUGAACGCCAGCGUGUCCCGGGCCCCAGCCCCCGGGAGCCCCAUGGCCCCGUGGCCGUUCACACUGUGCUCUGAGCUUCCUCUGAGCCUUGCCCCAGCGGAGGACUUGACACGACCUAGACACCCCAUCCUCCUACACACAGGGGCCCCCCGCCCUGGCUAGCUGGCCAUUAGUCUGAAAAGGCCGUUGAUCCCCAGGGGACAAGGACUGUGGACCCCAGCAGGGGCCUGAGAGCAUCCUCCUCCAGGGGGGGCAGUGCGUGUACACACACAUGUGUGUCUGUACUCGUUCCCAGCUCAGUGGCCCGCAGCUCCAGCUGAGCCCCUGGGGAAAGGUGAGUUUUGUUCAGUCUCCCCCCACCACCCAGGUUGUAACAUCUGUUAUCAGCUGUCUUUGCCAGUGUUGCCGGCUGGCCCCUCUCCUUGUACCUGUAGCCCCCGUCAAGGGUCCGAGUCCUGGCUGAUGGUGUGUUCCUGCCCCAGUCUGUCCUUGUCAGGGUCAUGGGCCUCCCUCUUGUAACUUGCGAUGGCCCUGAUCUGUCUCAUCUUCUGCAGAAGAAAAGUGGAAAUGUUGCUGUGGCUUCGUAUUUCAACUAAAAAUAUUUCUGUUGAAGAAAAUAAUUAACAAUAAAGAUUUUUAAUAGUU